CUGCUCCGGCUGGGCUCUUCUCCUCCCUCUUGGGCGGGGAGAGUGGACAGAAGAUAAAAGGGAGACCCGGGCCAGCUGGGCAUUGCCAAGAGCCGCUGGGGCCGGGAGCAAGGUCUGGCCGGAGGACGGCAGUGAGGAGAAGAACGGGCCGGGGGUCCGGGAUGGGGCUGCUGGUGCUGGCCCUGGCCACCUGGCUGGGGCUGGCCUCGGCCUCCGAGGGGGUGGCCAACAGCAGCUGGCUGUGCCGGGAGGCACCGGCAUGGAGCAUCAACGGCUCGAGCCCCAUGGCGGGGGCGGCGGGGCAGGUGACGGUGGUGGCCCUGCUGAAGGCCAGCUGACAAUUCUGCCUGCAGCAGGCCCAUAGCCUCGGGGGCCUGCGGGAGAAGCUGGCCCGGCAGGGCACGGUUGACGUCCGCUACAUGAUCGUCAACGAGAAGGCGCCGCUCUCCCGUGCCAUGUUUGAGGAACUGAGGCGCCAGGCCCCGCCAGACAUCCCCGUCUUCCAGCCGGAGCCAGGGGAGCCCGAUGUCUGGCAGGUCCUGGGGGGUGACAAGGACGACUUUCUCAUCUAUGACCGGUGCGGCCGCUUGGCUUUCCACAUCCAGCUGCCCUACAGCUUCCUCCACUUCCCCUACGUGGAGUCGGCCAUCCGCUUCACCCACAGCAAGGACUUCUGCGGCAACUGCUCCCUCUACCCCAACAUCACCCAGGAGGCUAACAGUACCAUGGAGGUGCCUGUAACCCCGAGCCCCCUUCCCAAAGAAGAUGGGAAGGAGUCAGUGACCCCCAUCCACCAGCACAACCCCCUCCAUCCUCACCACCACCAUGAGGUCAGCGGUGAGAAAGCCACAGAUCUGAGGGGGGGCCACGAACCUGCCACCCAUGCUCACCACCACCAUGGAGACCACGGCCAGCCCCAUCACGAGGGGAAGAAGCGGAAGGAGGGGAAUGAGCACUAAGCCAGGCUGGGCAGCAUCGAAGAACCUAGUAGUGUGCAGACCAUGCCAACUCGCUUCCCAGAGGCACGGAAGGACCAUUUUGGGCUGCUGGUCACCAGCAGGGUUGGUGUAACAACCCCCUCCAGAAUCCCCCAGGUGGGUCAUACUCCCACGCUGUGACCAGGGAUGAAAAUCCCCCUCAGACUCCCAGAGGUGCUGCAUUUUCAGCCCCAGGGAUGAGUUCUGACCCUUCCUCUGCUGCUGCCUGCCUUUCCAUGCUCAAUGAAGCCCGUGGUGCAAACCGGGAGGUCCCUGGUCACUGCCGGCUGACACUGCAUGGAGCAGCAGGGCAGGGGUGGAGGGGACAGAACUGGGAUGGGAGCAGCACUGCUGACAUGCUUUGGCCAUCCUGGCACCCCUGGGUGUCCUGGCUGGGACGCGAGUGGAGGAAGAGCAUGUGCCCGGCGGGACGUGAUCCCAGGGGAUGGGGGCACUAGGAGCGGUGGGAGGUCGCAGCUCCCCAUGGCCCAAACCCUGUAACCCCAUAGCUGUCACAUCCUGGGGACCCUCCAGGCCUUGCACACGGGUAUGUGCAGUGGUGAUGGGUGGCCGCAAGAUGGUGGCCUUGUCCCCUCUUGGAGACCUAAGGGCUGUAUCCAGGGCCCACAGCCCUGGGAGGACAGGGUGAGGAUCCUGGGGUCUUUCCUGGGGAAGAAGCGAGAUCGGGGGGCGAUGCGGAUAUCCAGAGUAUGAAUAAAACCUCUGUGAAGCGAA